UGUGUACCCGUGGGUUUUUCUGUGAAAAUGGAAAAUAAUGUAGGCACAGCCAUAGAAAAAAUUAAGUUACAGGAGCAAGAUAAAGAAGCCAAACUGCGGGAAAAACGAGAAUAUGAAGCAGUCGUGAACUCGUUUAAUCGUUCUAUUCGUGAAGCAUUAUUCCAAAUUGAAAAACAUCAAGAAGAAAUUAAAGAGUUGACUAAGGAAAACGAUUUACUAAAAGCUCAGUUGGAGGUGGAGCGCAUUAAACGUAGUGCAGUUGUGGCGCAGAUAGAGGCUUGUAAUAACGAAAUAGAAGGUUUACGAACCCAAUCCGAUAAAGGUAUAUCAGAUGUAUGGUCUCUCCGGUCCUCCUUAUGCAAAUCAGUUCAAAAUGUAUCCAACGAAUGCGACGUGUGGGGUCUUUUGGUGAAGCCCAUAAACACUGAUCCAAUACACAGGAUAAUGAAGAAACCCACCGAGAAUAAUGAAGAGGCGAAAUUUGAAGAACGUCUCAAACUGGCUAAAGAAAGACAUGAAAGGGCUGUGGCGGAGCGUGAGCGUUUGUUAGCUGAACCCGAGAAGGGUGAAGAAUUUAUAAGGCAUGGUCAAAUUCUAAUUAUUGUAUAA